CGUAGCAAUAAGGGAAUUUAAUAUUCAUUAGAAACAUUAGUUUAAUCAAGAUAACCAUUUCUUGACAUAAUUUGCAAGAAUUAAGUAAACAUCGACUUGAUGACAACGGUCGGAGGAUACAAAAGAGAGUUUACUUGGAAAGAAAGUAGAACUGUUACCGGCUAAAGUGUUUGAACUUGCUUUCCUUUCCGUGGAAUAUCUGCUAUGGUGAAAAGUGAGCUCGAAUACCGUUUUACGUUCCCUCGCUGCGGGAGCUAAAUUAGGGAAGACACAAAAACAGGGAAAACGAAGAGAAAACAAAAUAGCUGUGUUUGAUAAUAAAAACGGCACAAAAUGAGUGUGUAUUCUAUGCUUCCUGUCGACGGACAAUACAACAGUUUUGAUAAGCUAGCAUACCACAGUGCCCUACAGAAUUCAAAGGGUGGCUUUAGUGUUAACCAUUUACUGGAUCUCGGUGAACUCCCUAGUGAAAACUGCGCAAUGUUUGCUGGAACCGACCCCUCCCCGGGUCUGCCCACGCAGACCUGCACCCCCGACUCCCCGGGCCACAGCAAUGGUCACCACGGACACACGGACGGACAGACGGGGAGUAUGGUUCAAGAGCUGAUGGGACAACAACAGCACCAACACCAACAGCAUCAGCAACAACACCAACAGCAGCAACAUCCACCGCCACAACAGCAAGAUCCCUGUCUAAAAGAGGAACCACAGGAACAACUGGACCCUCAGUCUGGCGCGGAAGAUGACAAAGAUGACAAAGACAGUAAACGCCGCCGGAAACAGCGGAGGAAUCGGACUACUUUUAACAGUACACAGCUUGCGGCCCUGGAGCGAGUUUUUGAAAGAACCCAUUACCCAGAUGCCUUUGUAAGGGAAGAAUUGGCGCGUAGGGUGAAUCUCAGCGAAGCCAGAGUUCAGGUAUGGUUCCAGAACAGACGUGCAAAAUUCCGCCGAAACGAGAGAAACAUGUUAACACAGAGAGGACCGAUGGGCAACCCGAUGUACCCGCGUCCCCAAGAUUCCAUCUCAAUGCCCAUAGAACAACCAGUGACCCCUCGGGGGCCUCCCAUGAACACUGACUAUAUGGGAUGGCCCUCCCCAGCGGGGUAUAACAAUCUCAAUGUGAACACAUCAAGUUGUGCUGUGAUGAAUCAUAGUUAUAGUCCCCCACCCACCAUGGGCUCAAUAGCAUCCCUGAGACUGAAAGCCCAGGAGUAUAACGUGAUGCAAUCUAACCCAUAUGGACAGAUGACACAAAGGUUGGACCCAUAUGAGCAUUAACGGAAUAUAGAAUCCGAGAUUAAAAUGGUUUGAUUACUAUUAUACCAAACACAGCAUUGGUUUACUUUCUUAUAACCGCAAGCAUUUGAUAACUCUGUUCCACGAAGUUUAAGUCAUACACAGUGCCAUUCGUGAUAUCAUAUGAAAUGACAUGAGGUGAUACCACACGCAGUGCCAUCCGUGAUAUCAUAUGAAAUGACAUGAAGUGAUAUCACACGCAGUGCCAUUCGUGAUAUCACGUGAAAUGACAUGAGGUGAUAUCACACGCAGUGCCAUCCGUGUUAUCAUAUAAAGGGGCUUACCGUGAUAUUACUUAAAGCGUUGCCAUGCUAAAAGAGCCAAUGGUACACCAUUCAGCAUAACAUGCAUUAAGUGGGGUUUGUUUUACCUUAAUCAUGCAUAUAAAACACAGUUGAACUACCUGAAGCGAUUCAGAACAACAGGGCUGUGCAUAUUAAUCUUUCGUGUGGAUUUAAAGUUUUACUAUAUACGGAAUAUGGUAUUCUAAGCAAAUAAAUAAACGGAUAUAAAUUGACGACACGACUGACGUCAUCGCGUUGUUUCCGUCUUGUGACGUUUCUUGAAUGAGUUUAAAAUUCAUAUUCAAAAUAUGUUCACUUAAUAUAAUUGAGGAUUUGAUGCUGUACGAUUUACCAUACAUAAUACAAAAUAAAGAAGUGAUUGUGUAUUUUUAAUUUGAUUUUCAAUUAUGAAAUAUUGUUAAACAUUACAAUGAUUGGUAAUGUUACUUUAAAUGAUAAGAAGUAUGUGCUACGGUUUAAUUAAUAUAUAAUUGUCUAUUAUAGCUAUUAUUUAUUAUGCCCUAUUUUGAAACUGACAGUAUUAUUUCACUUGUGUUAAUAAAAUGAUUUACCUUACAUUGUAAUACUAUUUGGUAUUAAAGGGACUAGACUCCAGAUAAUACAAUUGCAAGAAAAAAGAGAAUUGUCAAAAACUUGCAUUAAAUUGAUAUCGUUGUGUACAACGCAUUUCAUCUUUCUAACUGAUGUAUCGCAUCGCUUACGACACAUGUAUCUUUCGUUGUUUUUCCGCAUUUUUCCAAUUCGAAAUUAACUGGGAUUGUCUACCACGUAAAACCCAGUAAGUUUAAAAAUAGCGUCUGUUAAGCUUAAGAAGUUUCGAGAAAUUAGUGCAUCAUAAACAGUUAUAAUGAACUGGGAAACCAUUGUGCACGUUUCUUAAACGGGGAAAUUCAGAUAAGACAGCAACAUGAUCGUUGCGUUUAUUUCUUUACAAGUAUGUAAAAUGAUGUAGAUAUCGGCCUCUUACUACCUCGCAUUGACAAUUCUAGGCUGGUUUUGAGAAAAUACUGUAUUUGCCGAUAUGUGAACUACAUGUAUCUAGUGUCUAGUCCCUUUAAAUGCUCGUUUGGGCUUUCUGUUAAGCAAUAACAAAUUACCAAAACAGUUAACAUAUUUUCAAUUAUAGUUUUCAUUAUAACUUUACAUUAUUUUUGAAAUGACAAUUAUUAACAAAAUAUAUGAAGUAUAAACCUAUAUUUUGUAUGUUAUUUAAGUGUAUAAAAUACUAUAAUGUAUAACUGAUUUGCGUAUACGAUAAUUUUGUAUGUUUUGUAUAUUUUGAAGUCAUCUACUGAUUGUUAAGAUAUUGCCGAUUUUUUUUUGUAAAUGAUAUUUUCCUUGAAACAAAAAUAUAGAAA